AUGUCUUUGAUGAGUGGAAAGGAAGAAGGUUAUUAUACAGAGGAGCGAUCGGAGAGAGAAAAGGCAACCCUCGAAGAAAUUCCGAGUCCCACUAUCUACCUGGCUGCCCUGGAAGAAGUGCCAACAUGGGAAGAGGGAGAGCUCACCAUCGAAGAACCGAAGGUGGAUCUAGACAAUCUGUCGGAGGAAGAGAGGAGGGAGGUGGUGAAACUUUUGGAAACAAAAGACGAACUAUUCGCUAGAGAACUGGACGAACUUACUCAGACCAACAAAACGACUCAGCCUACUCACACGAUGAAACAGACAUCACAAACAGCAAUAUAG